GGCGCAUGCGCAUGCCGAAGAGCGGGCCGUCUUUGUUCGCUGAGAGCUCUGAAAUUUACAGAUCUUCGACAGACCAUCGGUGAUCUGCCGUGAAGUAUAAGCUCUUUCCUACGUGACUGAAGAAAUUUCCAGUGCACCGCUGCGCUUUGCUCGCAGGUACGGUAACUGAGCUUCCCAAAAUGUAUCAGAGUCUUCUACCUUGCAUUCGACUACCUGGGGCAUGGGUGGAAGUGGCGAUAAACCCAAAGCCCAGUGAGGUAGUGACGCCCCAGCACUGAGGAAUCUUGCACUGUGCUAGUCAAGACGUCAUCUACCAACCAAUCAACUGUAGACUUUAUGUUGCUGCCGGCAUGGAGGCGUUUGGUCCCGUCAUGCUCUACUUGCUACAGGUUGAGGAAGAUGAGAAGAAAGAUAAAGCCAACCUGAAACAUAGAAGACACCUCAGACCGUCGCCUUCCUCACAGAAGCCUCACCCAAAACCAAAACGACCUCCAUCACAGAAACCUCAAGUGAUCAGCAUUCGGAGGCCACGCAUUUUCCGGGAACGCACAGGAAUGGAAGGACUGACGGACGAAGAGGUGAUGGAAAGGUUCAGGCUGUCUAAACGUACCAUCAUCGAUUUAUAUGAGCUGAUCCGUGCGGACAUUGAUCCGUUGACCCAGAGGAGCCACGCCAUCCCCGGCAUCGUGAAACUAUUGAACUGCCUGCACUUCUUUUGCUCUGGGUCCUUUCAGACCAAGGCUUCGGCCAUCGGAGGGGUCUCCCAGUCCACGUUCUCCCGUUUCCUGGUGCCAGUGAUCCAGGCCUUGAAGAAGCAUGUCCACACGUUUAUAUGCUUCCCCACCGACAAGGCAGGGUGGCAGCAAUUGAAAAAUGGCUUUUACUCAGUGGCAGGGAUCCCGCAUGUCAUGGGGGUCUUGGAUUGCAUUCACAUAGCACUGUCGGCGCCCCAUGAACGAGAGGAAAUCUACAGAAAUAAGAAGGGCUACCACUCCGUCAAUGUGCAGAUGAUCGUCGACAGCAACUGUAGGAUUCUCAGUUUGUUCUCAGCUUUUCCUGGAAGCUCCCAGAACUCUUCCAUACUGCGGCAGUCUUCAGUCUACGAGGGGUUUGAGAGCGGCCGGCUCAGCGGUGGGUGGCUCAUAGGGGGGUCCGGAUAUGCUUGUCGACCUUGGUUGAUGACCCCAGUACCAGAACCCUUGACCCCAGCAGAGCUCUCCUACAACGAGGCCCACGCUAGCACUCGAGCCAUCAUAGACAAAACAUUCAAGAUGCUGAAAAGCCACUUCAAGUGCUUGGACAAGUCAGGCGGGGGGCUGCAGUACGACCCCACUAAGGUCUCCGACAUCAUCGUGGCCUGCUGCAUCCUUCACAACAUCUCCAUCCUUCACAACAUGUCACCCAAAACGGAGGAGCCCUCUGAGGAGAAGCUGGGAGCUGCAUAUGACCCCCCAGCUGCUGGCAAUGCUCACAACAUCCGCUCUCAGAUCAUAAAGGACCACUUCUCCUAAAAAAAGCGUCAUCUUUGCCUUCAUGACUGGAUCUGGAAAACACAUUUCUGCGUAGUUGAAUAUAGGACAGGUGAGGCACGAUCCCUUUAUGGAUGUCAUUGAGCUCCGUGUGCAGUUUACUUCAUGUCAUACACCAUCUUGUCCAGAUAUGGUGCUUCAUCCCGCUAUCAAUGACCACCACGGAAUAGUAAUUGUAAUGGACUGAUCCAGUCACCUCCCUACACAGUCAUGGAAAUGGACUGAUCCAGUCACCGCCCUAUACAGUGAUAGAAAUGGACUGAUCCAGUCACCUCCCUAUACAGUGAUGGAAAUGGACUGACCUAGUCACCUCCCUAUACAGUGAUAGAAAUGGACUGAUCCAGUCACCUCCCUACACAUUGAUGAAAAUGGACUAAUCCAGUCACCGCCCUAUACAGUGAUGGAAAUGGACUGAUCCAGUCACCGCCCUAUACAGUGAUGGAAAUGGACUGACCUAAUCACCUCCCUAUACAGUGAUGGAAAUGGACUGAUCCAGUCACCUCCCUACGCAAUGAUGGAAAUGGACUGACCUAGUCACCUCCCUAUACAGUGAUAGAAAUGGACUGAUCCAGUCACCUCCCUACACAGUGAUGAAAAUGGACUGAUCC